AUGACCACCCGUCGUUGUUACCAUUGCGGACUGAAGGUCCUCUGGUCGUUCUGGUCUUCUGGUUCUCUAGUCGUUGUCUGGUCCUCUAGUCGUCGUGGGAAGCAUAGUUUGAAGGUUUCAUCAUCGUGGACAUCUAUUCUGUUGUCAUCAUCGUCGUCGAACAUCUCUUCUGUUGCUUCCGCUGAUUUAACGAGAACAAUCUUUCUUCUUCAUACUUCCAUCUGUUCUCAAAUCUCGCUAUGGGCUCUUAAUUUUUUCCAGGUGAAGUACUCCAGAGAACCCGAAAAUCCCACUAAGUCUUGCAAGGCUAGAGGCUCUGAUCUUAGGGUUCAUUUCAAGAAUACAAGGGAGACUGCCUUUGCAAUCAGGAAGCUGCCCCUUGUUAAGGCAAAGAGGUACCUGGAGGAUGUUCUGGCCCACAAACAGGCUAUUCCAUUCCGACGCUUCUGCGGUGGUGUUGGGAGGACUGCCCAGGCCAAGAACAGACAUUCCAAUGGACAAGGACGCUGGCCCGUGAAAUCAGCUAAAUUCAUUCUUGAUUUGCUCAAGAAUGCUGAGAGCAAUGCUGAGGUGAAAGGUUUGGAUGUGGAUGCUCUUUACAUUUCUCAUAUCCAGGUUAAUCAAGCACAGAAACAAAGGCGCCGCACCUACCGAGCUCACGGAAGAAUCAAUCCUUACAUGUCAUCACCAUGCCACAUAGAGUUGAUUUUAUCUGAGAAGGAAGAGCCUGUCAAGAAAGAGCCGGAGACCCAGCUGGCAACAAGCAAAAAGAAGUCUCAAGCUAUUCGUAGUGGUGCUUCAUCCUAAAUUGUUGUUGAAGCAGAUUGUCGAAAGUCCUAAGUUGUCAGUUUUGUUGCUCGUUAUUUGUCAUGGAUUUCUCUUGUAGAAGAAUGAACAGCACUUCUGCUUCACAUAGACGCUGUCAAGUUAAUUUUGAGAUUCUUGGAAAUUUUGUUUUGGAAAUGUACUAUUUGUUGGGUAUUACCUAGUGUCUUUAGUUAAGCAUUAAAAAUGGUUGAUUCAGGAUC